AUGGCCAAUCGAAUUAAAUUACUUAUACAAAAGCGCACGUCAUUAAAGGCGCAAAUCACUAAUUUGAUAAGCUUUAUUGAAAAGGAGAGCUUCGAUAGAACCGCAUUAAAAUUGCGCACGGCUCGCGUCACCGAAUUGUACCACGCAUACGAGGAUUACAACGACGAACUAAUUAUAUUAGAUUCAAACGACAGUCACAAAGAUGAAUUCACAAAUAUUCAAGAAAGAUUUUAUAUGAUUGCCAGUAAAAUCGAAGAGUUACUAAAUUCGACACCGUCCACCGCGUCUACCGAUACCACGGCGAACGAGUCUCAGCAGAGUAAUGCCGUGUCCGAUACGGUAGCGAAGCGGCGAGUGAAACUACCGGAAGCCUCUUUACCAAAAUUCGAGGGUCGCUUCGAGAAUUGGUUAUCGUUUAAAAAUUCUUUUCUUGCGAUGAUUGAUUCGCGAACAGAUCUUUCCGACGUGGACAAACUUCAAUAUUUAAAAUCGUCUUUAACGGAUGAAGCGGCCAAUAAAAUAAAAUUGUUACCGAUCGACAACUCAAGUUACAAUAAAGCAUGGGAAUUAUUAACGCGCGUCUACGAAGUAAAACGCGUUCUCAUCUCUCGUCAUCUCUCAUUACUACUAAAUAUGCCCACCGUAGAAAAAGAAUCUACCGAGGGUCUAUCGAAGCUUGCCGACGACGCGCAACAACAUGUCGCUUCAUUGGCCGCGUUGGGAGUUAAUGUAGGAUCGGAGGUGCUGGUUAAUAUUGUAGAGAGCCGAUUACCUAGGCGUAUCGCCGAUAAAUGGGAAGAAACAUUAGAUCGGGACGAAUUUACCAAAAUUGACGAUCU